UUUCAGACCAGACCCCCCCUGCCGAAAAGACGGAUCCUUUUCCUACUUCCUGGCGGCGUUCCGGGUUUGCGUCCUGCCCUCCUCCUCGCUUCACCUCCGGCUUCCUCCUCUCCACGUCUUUUCCGAUUCCUCGCAGCCUGUUCGUCGUUCCGUCAAUUCCGUUUCUCUCGGUGCUGGGUCGGGCUUACGAACCCCGUUACUUAGUGUAUGCUUUAUUCAUUCUUCCGCUCGCGCUUCCUUCUGCUUCGGUGCCGGGGCUCGUGGUAACCCGUCGGAUCGACGCCACGCCUAGGACCCGUGCCGUAAAGAGAGACUCCCUCCCCCUUCCCAACGGCCCCCUUUCCCCCCGUCGAGUCCUUUCGUGGUUCCGGCAGUGUAGUGCGGACGUACCGUGGAUGUGGGCACGACUAGGCGCGUCGCUCAAGGUGUGCGCGAGGAAAAAAGACGAAAGUGCCCGAAGAAGGACGGUUCCUGGCAUCUGAGUGUGCAGCCAGGUAACCGACUGAACGUUCGACGGGAAGGAGCGGCGCAUCGACGGCUUCAUUGGGUGUCUUCGCCAUACAUCUGGCUGAAGUCAGCAACGGAGCCAGCACCGGAACCAACACCGGAGUCAGCACCGGAGUCAGCACCGGAGUCAGCGCCGGAGUCAGCGCCGGAGUCAGCGCCGGAAUCCACAUCGGAGUCAGCACCGGAGUUCACGGCGGAGUUCACGGCGGAGUUCAUGGCUGAGUCGAUACCAUAGUCCACAUCGAGGUUCACCCCGAAGUCCACAUCGAAGUCGGCGCUGAAGCCACAUCUUAACCUAACGUCGUUGCAAAUUCAGCGCGGGAGCCAGCAGUGAAAUCUACACAAAGCCCACAGCCCUGUCAGCGACCAUACUCUCGAGUAAUCGGUUGAACUGGGAUUCGGCUCCUGCACAACUUGUCUUCCACCGAGCACAUAGAUUCUACAGCGGCCUGAAGUGUCUUCUUAAGCCAACUUGAAGCGAAGGCAGUGACGGGCGUUCAAUAGGAAGUUAAAAAAUUCCAAAUCGAAACUUCCAGAAGCUCACGACGUGAAUGAUCAUUGCUGAGAGUUCCUUCUUGCCUGUUUCCAAACUCGUCGCUGGAAGCGAAAAGCGCUAACGGAUCGCGGAACUUCGAACUGUCUUCGCGUCGUUUCCGAAGGCCGUGACCCACGAGACGCCUGAAGUAACGUUAACGUGGUGGGAAAAGGAAGUUUUCAGCGCGAAACUCUCCUGCUCAUUGGUUUUCGUUUCGAACAUCGCCACCCGAACGCUCGAUAUUUCCGACUCUUCGCUGCGCUGGACUCGCCGUGAAGGUGGGACAAGUUGACGCAUCGCCGGCAAAGUCCAAGUGGGAUAUGAGACCGUGUAGUACAAGAGGUCAUUUCCUUCCUCUACGGUUAACUUUACUGUCUCUAUUCAUUCACUCCACUAGCGAUCGUCGUUGUAUUAUUACAGGCAGCUCUUACGCAUAGGUAAUUGUCGUCUUUUGCGUUCCGCUCCUGUUUGUAGAACGCCGACUUCGAAGCGCCGAAUCCUUCUGACCCCGCCAAGACAGCCACCUGUCCGCAACAAGCGUCUAUCUUGCUCGAACACCCCAUCCCGUCUUCGUAACACUAAUACACAGUCAUGGAUCUCUUCGCCCAAAGGAUCAGCGAUCCGUCGCAGUUGGAUUACUGCCCUGCUGAAGACUUCGUCCGUGAGGUUGCGGAGCCACGACUGGUGGACGUGGUGGCCGGCCGGCUCCACGACGUCUCCCUAUACCAGCUGCUCGGCUGGGCCACCUCGUUCGUGGUCGCCGUGGUCGCCAUGGUGUGCGUGGCGUGCAAGGUGUACAGCCGGCUCACGCUGGGCACGUGCACCUCCAACAAGGACAUGACCGGCCGCACGGUGCUCAUCACGGGAGCCAACGCCGGCAUCGGCAAGGAGACGGCCAAGGAAAUGGCGAGGCGCAACGCGCGGGUCAUCCUGGCCUGCCGCAACCCGGAAAAGGCCGCGGCAGCCGCCAAGGAGAUCCUGGAGGAGACCGGCCGUCAGGUGGUGGUGCGCAAGCUGGACCUGUGCUCCUUCAAGUCGAUACGCGAGUUCGCCGACGACAUCGCCAGCACCGAGGAGCGCCUCGACGUGCUCAUCAACAACGCCGGAAUCGUCCCAUUUCCGCACCGAGUGGAAACGGUUGACGGAUUCGAGCAGACGCUGCAGACCAACCAUUUGGGGCCUUUCCUGCUUACGAAUCUACUUCUAGGCAAGCUGAAGGCUAGCGCGCCGAGCCGCGUCAUCACGCUGUCGUCCCUGUUGCACCACUUCGGCCGCAUCGCACCGGGACGCCUCGACUACGCCGAGUACCGGAUGCCCAUGCAAGUGUACAGCGACACCAAGCUGGCCAACGUGCUCUUCACGAAGGAGUUGGCGCGGAGGCUUCUGGGAACGGGUGUGACGGCCAACGUUCUCCAUCCUGGCGCGGUGCAGACGGACAUCAACAGCACCUACGUCGGCUUUAUGAACAUCGUGAUGAACGCUCUGUUCUACUUCUUUGGCAAGACACCGAAGGAAGGGGCGCAGACGUCCGUGUAUCUCGCCGUAUCUGACGAAGUCGCCAAGGUGACCGGCCAGUACUUCAUGGACUGCCGACUGUCCCUGCCCAGCAGGAGCGCCGAAGAUCCGGCACUCGCCAGGAGACUCUGGGAAGUCAGCGAAAAGCUGACCGGCCUCAGCAUAUGAAGCUUGGGAGGCCAGAGUGAUGACGGUGGGGUUUGUGGGUACAUGCCUUCGAGACCUGAUGCUUUUACAGGCAGGAAAGCCACCCCGUACAUAUACAUAAACUUUAUUUGACGAGAAGAGAGCUUAAGGAGGGCAUGUAAGCCAGCCCGUAAACUUCGAACUGGACGUUAUCAUAGGCGUAAAGCAUUAGGAGGGGCCGGAACAAUGCACAUCGCUUGCAUAUAGUCUUGGAAAGUACGAAGUGCUUGGAAUCCGAGAGCAAUCUUACACUACAUAACUUUGCUGUAAAGAAAAAAACAACGCCUUCAACAUUGAAGAGAUUUCACACGAGACGAUAGCGACAGAGAGAGACUUAACCCGUAAGCUUAGUAACAGAAAACGUGUCUGCUGCAGUGGAUGCGUCGUUCUUUUUUUUUUUUUUCAAAGGAGACCCUGCGAACGUGAAUGUUUAACUUGUAGCCUUAAUGUGCAAGUCAGUAUCUUAACUGGCGUCAUACUUUAACGCCUAACGCGAAACGAAGGAUGUGUAUGCGUGUUUGUCCUUCCUCUCUUUGCACUCCUUCGCUCCUCGUUUCGCGGAUACAAUACGACACGAAUCGAAACAACCAACUCCUGUGAACGUUCACACUACUCUGAGGCAAUGCUAUUCGUAACAUUUUAGAGCAAAUGAGCAAAUAGCAUUUGUAGAACUAGUCACGGCAGCAAUCAUGUCGCAUCAUUUACCACUAGGCAG